AUGAGUGGAGGAGGAGCUAAUGCUAUGAAUAACCUACCACCUGGAGUGAAUCCAGAGAAUAACUUGAUGCCUGGUGGACCCAUUAUUAACCAAGGAGUGAAUAGAAAUAGAAAUAAUAAUCAAAAUCCACUGUUUAAUGUCAGAGAAAGACUCUUUCAUGCAUUAUUUUUCAAGUUUGCUUUAGCAUAUGCUCGUACAUUCCCUCGACCUAUAAGGAGAUUUUUUGAAUUCCUUGUGUUGCUGAAAGCACUUGUAGCCUUCUUUGUGCUGGCAUACAUACAUAUAGCAUUCUCUAGAACACCAACUACAUGUUUGAAUCAUAUUAAGGAUUCAUGGCCAAGAGACGGUAUACUUAGAGUAGAAAUUUUAAGAAACCCUGCUCAAGAUUAUACCGUUGAACAAAGUUAUGCUAAAGAACGUAAAUUAAAACGGGAUAAGGAGGAACUUAAUUCUAUGCUUGGAAUGCUAACUACUGAAGGGUUUUACAAUAUAGAGUCAUCUACAAGUGAAGAUAUAGAAGAAAAUGAAUAUCUGCGAGAUGGCACUGAUUAUGGCAACAUCACCCGAAUUCAUGAUGAAAUUGAAUAUGUGCAGAUAAAAGAUGUGAUAGAAACUGGUUUUUUUGUCGAUAGUAAACCAGAUAUGGUGCCUAGUGAUGGGCAAACGGACUUAAACCAAACAAUCAUGCCAGGUGAAAAAGUGGAGCCAACUUCCUCAAUAUGGGAAGGGAUUUUGGGUCUAGUUGAAGAUAUGGAUAGAGAUUCUAAAAUAGUAGAUGAAUCUCUCGAAGAAUCCGCAGCUAACGAUUCCUCAAAAGACGAGGACUAUAUUCUAGAAUAUUCCCUAGAGUAUGGAUUUCUUCGUCUCUCACCGAGCGCGAGACUUAGACUCAAAAUACCAGUGAAAAUCGUGACUUUAGACCCACAAAAGGACGAAUGUUUCGGCGAUACUUUUUCUCGCUUCGUUCUCGACGAAUUCCUUGGUUAUGACGACCUUUUGAUGGCGUCUAUAAAAAGUCUUGCUGAACAAGAGGAUAAUAAAGGUUAUUUGAGAAAUGUGAUCACCGGUGAACAUUACCGUUUCGUGUCCAUGUUGACAGCGCGCAGUUCAUACAUAGCUGCGUUUUUCAUCAUGCUUGUCUUCACUGUUUCUAUCUCAAUGCUCCUGCGGUACGCGCAUCAUCAGAUAUUCGUGUUUAUUGUGGACUUGCUGCAAAUGCUGGAAUUUAAUGUGACUGUGUCGUUCCCAGCGGCACCACUUCUUACUGUUAUUUUGGCGUUAGUGGGUAUGGAAGCCAUCAUGUCAGAAUUUUUCAACGACACUACUACAGCAUUUUACAUCAUUCUCAUCGUGUGGAUCGCCGACCAAUAUGACGCAAUUUGCUGCCAUACCGCGAUCGCUAAAAGACAUUGGUUAAGGUUUUUCUACUUAUACCACUUCUCGUUCUAUGCCUAUCAUUACCGCUUCAAUGGUCAAUACAGCAGCCUUGCUCUCGUCACAUCGUGGCUCUUCAUACAGCAUUCCAUGUUGUACUUCUUCCAUCACUACGAACUGCCCGUAAUACUACAGCAGGCACAAUUGCAACAGCUUCUCCUAAGAACUCACCACGGUAUGGGGGGAAUGAUGGGAUUAGCAGGUAUUGCAGCUUUAGCCAGUGGGGCCGCGUAUCACGACGCACCCGGUACUGGCACUCAAGCUACUCCUCCAACUACUCAAUCUACAACACAAACCGUUCAAAAUACGGUGCAAUCCACUACACAGACAUCGCCGUCUGUAUCAACAGCUCAAACAAAUACUACUCAUACAGGUGAUGUAAUAUCCUCUAGAAUAACUACACAAGAUUCUGUACCAAAUAGCACCACUACAGGGAAUCAAACUGAUGAACGAGCAAUAGCAACUUCAGUUGAAGUAAUAGGCAAUACAGACAAAUCUAUUAAUUCAGAGAAAGCUAUUAAAAUCGAAGAAAUCAAAAGAAAUACCUCUGAAGAUGAUAUAAAGCUUCGUAGCAGUAGUUCUGCUACUAUCGAUACCGAUAAAACUUUGCCAAGUGGAGCCAACAAUGACAUAAUGCAUAAAGAUAAUGCUAAGGUCGAUAGCUUGACGUUAGACCGUAGACGAAAAGAGAGCGUAGAAACAAACGAAAGUGAUCCUCCAGUUUCGAGUACAGCAUCUGCUGUAAAACUCGCUCCUAGAGCUUCCCCCGAAACUGACGACUUAGAC